AUGUUUUGCCAAAAGAAUCUUGUAUUGCUAUGCAUAACGAUUCUGGUGCUUCAGGGAAGAUGCGCUGACAAAUAUACAGACGAAAACAGGCCUUACGAAUUUGGCUUCAGCAUAGACGGGGAGCAACAUCGCCACGAAAAAAAAGAUGAAAAUGGAAUAAUUAUGGGCGAAUUUGGUUUCAUUACCGCUGAUGGUGUUUAUCAUGUAACAGUUUACGCUACAGAUGAAAAUGGAGGCUUCAAAAUAUUAUCAAUGAAGAAUAUCCGUGUAAAGCCAUAUCCCACUGCCAAGACAGGCGCAGAAAAAGGACGUUCACUUGAAUUUCCUCCUUCACCAGAACCGUCUCAAAAACUGCGAACCCCUGAUCAAGAAAGUCCAUUGCUUCCAGAACCACAAAAACCAGGCCCUGCAUCACCUGCAAAGUCUUGUUCACAUUGUAGUAUUCCUACGACAACGACUACAACAACUACCACAACCACCACCACAACAAUACCACCUUAUGUCCCAAAUAAUGGCGCCCAGCAGAGACUGCCAAUAUCACAAAAACCGGAACUCCCUCCAAAAUAUGAUCAAAAAUAUCAGAACUACCCACAACAAAAUGCCAACCUUCAAAGUUAUCAACAGAUACAACCACAACAGUUUGGCAGAGAACGGCAGGAUCAACUUCAAGAAAAUUUUAGCCAAACCCAGAAUUACCCUGAACCAACGCAAAACUAUAAAAAUUAUCCACAACAAAGCUAUGGUCACAAUGUUUUAAACAAUGAACAAAGCUACCGAACAGGUUUGGGUGUUAGUCAGUCGUAUCCACAGAACGAAGACCAAUCAAAUUAUCAACAAACAACUAGUCCCGGACAGGUAUAUCGUCAAUCAGAAACAAAUAAUCAGAACCAAGACCAAAAUGUACAAUUUGAAACAAAUCGAAGCCCGAAAUCUUAUGGAGAACAGUCGCAACAGGAACAAAUACCGCAAUAUCUGAACAGUGCCAAAGGCACUCAAUCAAAUCAACUUGAAUCAUCUCAGCAUGGUCAAACUCUUAAAAAACCGCAACUUAUAUCAGCUCAGAUGCAAAUAGUUGAUAAAAAUACUGACAUUCACUACAAACGCCCUGGUGAGAAGGAAGGAUUACCCGAAGGUCUAAACAAAGAUGACAUGACGAACCUUUUGUACACAUUCAACUAUACAGUAGGGUUCCACGGCCACUUCGAAGAGGGUUAUACCAACGGUGCAAAACAAGGUUAUUACUAUGUGACCGGUAGGAACGGAGUUAGAACAAGAAUUGAUUAUGUUGCUGACGAACAUGGAUUUCGUCCUAAAAUCACUCAAGAAGUUCUUGAUUUGUUAUCUGAUGAUGUUCCAAAACUAGAAACUGAAAAAGAUCCCAAGUAUGGACUCAAGGGGUAUGAAUUCAAAUGGAUCUACUACCCAGUUGAUUCCAAUCGACGG